CACGCGUCAGCCAAUCCCGUUCGACCUUUUCCCACAGCCAUAAUCUGCGUCUUUGGCUUGUCACCACACUCUUCCCCUCUCGCAACUGCCAUCAUCAUCGAUUCUCUGCCACGUUGCAUCAAUCAUCUUCCGCCAUCCUGUGCCAGCUCUCCCGGCUCCGGAAAUUAGCACAUCCCUUCAACAUCCUCUCUUUAUCCCCAAACUAUCGACCUCCCCUCAUAUGGUCCGACCUAGGGACCUCUUCCAACAAGCUUCACGAUGAAAGCCACGCCUCUCAUCAUCAAUUGGCACGAGCAGAACGCGCCUGUCUACUCGGUUCACUUUGAACCAGGAGGUAAAGGACGUCUGGCCACUGCUGGAGGAGACAACCACGUUCGCAUCUGGAAGGUGGACUCUGACGGGCCUGAACGCAAGGUGGAAUAUCUCUCUACUUUGUCAAAACACAACCAAGCAGUCAACGUCGUCCGAUGGGCUCCUAAAGGCGAGACACUAGCUUCUGCUGGUGACGAUGGCAAUGUCAUCCUCUGGGUGCCAAGUGAUGCGCCUGUGUCCAACUUCGGCUCCGAUGGCCUCGAUGAUAAAGAAUCAUGGCGUGCAAAGCAUAUGUGUCGGUCUAGCGGCGCCGAGAUUUAUGACCUUGCGUGGUCUCCUGAUGCGGUUCACUUUAUCAUUGGCAGCAUGGACAACAUUGCCCGCAUCUAUAAUGCCAACACAGGUAUUCUCGUCCGACAAAUUGCCGAACAUAGCCAUUAUGUCCAAGGCGUGACCUGGGAUCCCCUCAACGAGUAUAUCGCGACACAAUCCUCCGAUCGAUCCGUUCAUAUAUAUUCUCUCAAGACCAAGGAUGGUCAAUACACUUUAAGUCAUGACGAUAAGCCUAACAAAUUGGCCAGUCAUAAUAAAGCCGAUCUACCUCCACGAAGGAUAUCGUCGAGCAGCCCCGCUCCUCCGGACUUUGGCCAUCGAGCCCAGCUCGCUAUGAUUGACUCUAGCACCUCUGUUGGCUCACCUGUACCUUCCACUCCUGGUACACCAACCUCAUUUCCACUACCAAUGAAUCCGCCAAGUGUUGUUAGUCACAGUCGGCGAUCGUCGUUUUCUUCUAGGCGAUCGGCUUCCCCUGCGCCUUCACUUCCUCUUCCUGCGGUAAUGCCGAUGGAGGCCUCGCCCAAACCGCACUCUGGUUCGGCGGGAUUAGGUCUUGGAUUAGGCAUGAAGAAUGCUAGCCUCUACGCGAACGAAACCCUUACGUCGUUCUUCCGCAGACUCACCUUCACCCCUGAUGGAAGCUUGCUUCUCACUCCUUCGGGCCAAUACCAGAACCAGCAUCAGGCAGACAAAGAUGCGAAACCUACAUACGAGGUCAUCAACACAGUUUACAUUUAUACCCGCGGUGGUAUCAAUAAGCCACCAGUCGCGCAUCUUCCGGGGCACAAGAAGCCAUCAGUUGUCGUCAAAUGCUCGCCGAUAUACUACAGUCUUAGGGCCACUCCCUCGGAAACAAAGACGAUCGCAAUCGAUACGUCGGUUGCCACAGAAGAAAUUCCAUCUCUUCCUGAGCCGUUAUCGAAUCCACCUUCUCCUGCUCCAGUUAUGGAACCGCCGCCUAUACCUACACCAUCUAGCGAGGUAGCAGCCGCCAAACGGCUAACAGUGGAAACGAGCGCGACAACUGCUGGUCCCAAACCAGCGUUUUCCUUGCCGUACAGGAUGGUGUAUGCUGUUGCCACUCAAGACUCAGUCCUGUUAUAUGAUACGCAGCAGAAGACACCGAUUUGCGUAGUGAGCAACCUUCACUGCGCUACAUUCACAGACCUUGCGUGGUCCAGCGAUGGCUUGACCCUCUUCAUCUCCUCUUCAGACGGCUUCUGUUCCACCUUGUCAUUCCUACCCGGCGAGCUUGGUGAGAUUUUCAAAGGCGAAGUAGCUUCUUUAGCAAAACCACCUCAGUCAGCUACUAGCAAUUCCGUUCAAACUACACCUACGCCAACGCCAACGACGUCUUUUGCUCCGCCGUCGCCUUUCCCCAGUGGGCCGCAUCACCAACAUCGCAAUUCAGCCUCAUCAUUUACAGCACCCUCGCCGCCAGCAUCCGCAUCGAUGCAGCGACCCGCCUCUCCCACGCGAUCGAACUCGACCUCGUCAGUGGCGACGCAAUCUACCAUAGCUGGAGUUGUUAGCAACCCCACGCUGAUUAGCGGCACAAUACCAGCUGUCACGGCAUCUCCUGCCUCUGCUAAAAUGGGUGGUGUGCCUAUUACUACGCCGCCUGAGACGCCUCGCACUAGCUCUUCUGGCUCAAAGCGAGAGGCUAGCGAGAGUGAAAAGGAGGAAAGCAAGCCCAAGAAAAGACGAAUUGCGCCAACUGUUGUUAAUACGAAUUCCAUUUAAGGUUGUAGCAAUAUGUUUUUUUGUAAAAGAUUGGCAGACGAUUAGGUUUGUUCGUUGGUAACGGAAGGGAUUUAUUACUUAUAACUUUAUGAAUACAGGGCUGGCGUUCAACAUUGUAUAUAUACAUUGGGCUAGGUAAUUAGCUAGCAAUUUGAAAAACAGAAAGAAGGAUUUAUCUAAAAUG